UUCUGGCAUCUUAUUAGAGAUCCCACCCUCCUCUGUCUCUUACCCUUAUAUCUUCCUCCCUCUCAUUCAGUUCUUCUCUCACAACGCAAAAUCUUCAAUCCAAUAGUGCACCCACGCACACACAGCAAAACAACAUGAACGUGCUCGAUUCUAACGUCGAAGCUUUAGCCUUCAACUACUUGAGCUUCGGUUUGCUCACUGCGCUCCACAGUUUAUGGACCUGGCUCGCUCUUCUCACCGCCGCACUCAGCUUCUGGAAGAUCCGAUCCGCGGGCUGCCCCAGGCCCACGCCCAUACCCAUACCCGAGACCCAACCCUCCGCCGGGCCCGACCGGCAGACCUCCAACCAGGAGAAGACAGAGCCAACGCGAGAAGCGGUUAAUGCUAAAGGCGGCGCGGAGGAGGACGUUGACGGCGUGAGGAAGGGGAAGUUCACAGCGUAUUACGAGGAGCACGUGAAAUGCACGUGCGAGAGCGAGAGCGAGAACGAGGGGUUCGCGACGGCGUGUGAAGAGAGCGACGGCUCCGGAACGGAGUGGUGGGAGAGGUGGGAGAGGCUGUUACGGCUGAGAAACGGGGAGAGUGAAAACGGGUGGUACACGUGGCAGGACGUGACGGAGCUUAACGGCAACGUUGUUAGAUUAUGGGACGGUGGGUUAACUGGUUCUUUCGCCAGGGAAUCGUGGUACAGCAACUCCAACCGUAUCCAUGUCUGGUAACAGAUUUCACAAAAUAGUAAUCAUUGUAAGAUUUAGGAUAUGGCGUGAACUGUUCUGUUGGAUUCACCUCUUCCCCAAAGGUGGAAAAUAUUACUGAGAUUUGAGAAUGUAUCUAUGUAUAUAUGGUAACUUUGUAUGGAAAAUUUUGUUGAUGAAAUGAUAAAAUUAGUGCAAUAAAAAAUCACCCGUUGUUGUCGUUCAA